UUGAAUCAGUUGAACCACGAAGUUACCUGUAAAGACGAAAUGUUAAAGUUUGUGGACCGAGAGAUUGAGGACAGGAGAGAUAAUGACAACUUUGAGAUAAAGGACUCGCUGCUCAAACUGAAUAAGGAAUGUCAAGAACUGAAACAUGAAAAUGCUAACCUCAAAGAUCAUCAUCACGGGUUACGCAGUGAGACAAUGAGACUUGAGGCAAAAGAAACAGCUCUUAUCCAGCAUUGCGUCAAACAACCAGGUGACACGGUGGUGCAGAUAGGUAAGUUGGAGAUUCAGGCAGAACAGAAAUCAGAGGAGAUCGUGAUCCUUAAACGUGAUCUAAACCACGUGACGUCAUCACUCACUGAGCUGACAAAGCGGCACGUGAGAAUGAUAGACGAUAACAACGACCUCCGAUGCAGGUACAGACAAUGAAGGAGGACCAGAAGAUGGCCUCUCAACAGUUAGCACACCUCGCCAAAGAAGUAAGGGCGUGAGUGUCUACAGAUGUUGGAGGACAGUAGGAUGUACAUGCACCGUAUGAGCAGCCCUGUCACCCCCAACAUUGCCCUCAACUACGAGACCCCCGCUCAACCUACACCCAGCAUCAUGAACGAACUUGAGGACGCUAUCAUCACUGACCUUCAGCAACGAAGAAAAGGCAAAGGAACGUCAAAAGGCAGACAGUUUGCUCGAACACGAGCUAGAAUUGCAGCACAACAAAAACAAGCUGACAAGCGGGAGACAACUGAUGACAGUGAUAACAAGGACAGUGGAGUUAAGUCUGGGGACUCUACGGACUCUGGAGAAACUGAAAGGUUGUACGAAGAGAGGAGUAGAGUGCUUCAGCUGCAACCAGUCCGCACACUAAGAGAAGAUUGAGACGUGGAACUGCUUCAACUGUCAGUGACGGAGAAACGCCGCGCAGAGACGCGCUGCACGACCUUAUAGCUGAGGCUGACCAGCUCGAUACUCAUCUCUGAACGGAGCACCACUCAAUCAACAGUGAUACCAACAUAACCAGUGUCAGCGAUACCUGGCAAUCUGAACCGGGCCCUCAUAUGUCCACUCGUGCGAUGUACGGCCGAUCCAACAAACUCAAGAUGGUUAAACCCAUGGAGGGUAGUAUGACCCUUCUACAGUGGAAGUUGCUGGCGAUGAAGCAGACAAACAACUCCCUGCUAAACGUGGAAGAAAGGCCUGGUGUUCUGCAACGUAACACCGUGUCCGCUAUUUCAGAAGGCGAGGGAAUUGGCUCUCUCGGAGGGUUGGACGACUUUGGACUUGGUGGGAGUUCGGGUGGUAUAAUGUCUAAAGGAGCCAUGACACCGGUAAACCGGGCAGCUAAAACACCCUCAGCUGUUGGCAGAUCGGGUGUUUUUAAUCGAUCUCAGGCUGCUCCCAUCAACCAAGCCAGCGCCUCUUCAGCCUCCACCCCCUUAUCCAGCAAGACUCGUCCAAACGGAGCGACAGCUAGCGAAACGGAGCCUUUGAAGGACAAGGCUGAUCCAGCCGAUCUGUUCAAGUACCUGAGCACGAAGUACGAGGUGCCAAAGAACACCAUCAGUUCAGAUUUCAGUUCUGCCUCUUCUGAAACUAGAGCUGGUUCAAAGGGUCCAGGGACAAUGAAGGAUCAGAAUGGAACUGACUCAUUUGUAAGCACCCAGCAUGAGAAUCUAUACUUCUUGAUGUGUUUAUAUAGAUAUUCUCUAAAUGAAUUUUGAAUUGGGGGCCAGAAAUAUUCGGUACUACAACAAUUUGGACUCAAAGGACCAUGC